CUGAAGAGUACUGCGGGCGCAUUAUUUUAAAGAUGGCGGCUGAGCAGACUGAGCACAGCCUGAAGGAAAGUGCGGCUGAAAAACCAAUGUUCACAUGCUCGUCUUGUGGAUUUCAAUGCCAUUAUGAAUAUUUUGGAAAGAAGCCGCCCUUCUCUAAGUCUGUGCUACUCUUAGAAGAUGCAUAUGUUCUUCGUGAUCCUUUCUCACCAUAUCCAGGACAUUUAAUUCUUGGUGGACAAUGCUGUUUGUGUUCUACAGACAUUUGCAUUUCUCAGACUUGUAGCAUUUUCUACACCAAGAGGUUUUGCAUUGCUUGUGUUGAGAAAAACAUGGGAGAAUUUCCUGAUGAAAUCUGUAAGGAUUUACAGAGAAAAGACGUUUCACGCAGCUAGGUAACUCCAUUCUGCGCUUCGUGGAAAGAACUGCGCUCAGUGCUCAGUUAUCUGCAUCUGGAAGAAGAGAUUUGGUGAGGACCAGCCACAAAGCUGUUAUGUUGUCAGGAUUGUCUUCAUCGAUCCAUAUAUGGAUCUGAAAUUUUGACAUCUGAGUA